AUGAAGCUUUUGCUUGUAAUUUCAGCCGUUUUUCUAUUGGCCCAAGCCAAAGUCGAAAAACCUCAUCAUCAAGCGAAAGCCAGCAAAGUGCGAAGUCACUUUAAUGAGCCGACACCACCAACGUUGGAAAUUGGCGAUGAAGACUACGCUGAUCCCGAUAAUGAAAAGGCAAUUCUCGCCCGCUCCGCCGCCCUAGAAAAUGGCGGAGAUCUGGGGCAUCAUCUUUUUGGGAUCAUGUCGACGCUAGGUAUCGCGAGGAGACUCGGAAGGAAGCCAAUUUUCGCGCUUCGGGCCCCUUACUUCAAGCAGGCUUCGUCGAAUGCUCUAUGGGAUUUGGCUAGGAAUUUCCCCGGGUUGAUCCCACCUCAAUCGAUUGAUGUUAAGCACACGUAUGGUAAAAACUUCUGGCCUGCUGGUGAAGACGACCUCAAACUCUCAGGUUGCUGCAGAUUUGUCGACCCUGAGAAAUCUUUGAAAAAUAAGGAUCGAGCGACGGUACGCUUUGAAGGAGGAUACCUACAAAGCUACAAAUAUUUCCAACCCUACCGCGGAGAACUGAACGAGAAGUUGCUAGGAAAUGAGGCACUCUUCACCAAAAUGUCCCAAUCACUCGUGUCGCAAGAAGCGUUGGGACCGGAUGUUGAAAGAAUCUGCAUCCAUACACAGCGAGGCAGUUUCCUCGGAAAUUACCACCAAGCCUCAACUUUCACCUUUGUGAGAGCAGCAGCUCAGGAAGUUGAGGGAGAUAAUUCCAUCAUCCUGCUCUUCGGUGAUGAUAAGACCUGGAUGAAGCAGUUGGCUCAAAAAUUGGAUGCGGAUGGGUUUGACGUUGAGGUCGCUGGGAAAGAUGGGGUUCCCCGGGUCUCGGAACUGUUUUUCUUCCGCCAGUAUUGCGAUAAAGUGGUGAUAUCAGCGUCUUCAUCCACUUUUGGUUGGUGGGCCGCGUAUUUCUCCCAAAUGAAGCGCGCUCAUGUCCCAGUCUUCUACAACCAAGGAUUCGCCAAGGAUCCCACAUACGUAGCCCAACUGAAAGCUGAAGAUUAUUACCUACCCGGCUGGAAAGCGUUGGGCCUACCGAACGGGACCGACGAUAAU